AAGCAUUGCCCAUAUUUUUUGUUUGAAUGAGUUUGGUGUGGAUAAAGAAGAAGUAGGCGUAUUGUAUUAUUUGAUAGUGAGAGAUGAUGAGUUUGGCAUUAGCAGCAGCAACAUCAUCAGUGGUUACUCCCAUUCCAUCUCCAACUUCCCUUCUAUCUUUGAAUUCUGCAGCAAGUGAUGUUGUGGAAGUGAAGCCCAACCAAGAUGGCUAUAAGUGGCGCCUCCUUUUGUCUUACGAUGGAACCCGAUAUGCAGGCUGGCAAUAUCAGGAGUCCCCCCCUACUGUACAAUGCGCCGUAGAAAAAGCUUUAAUUAGAGCAACAAAGCUUCAAAGGAAGGAUCUCCAGUUGGUUGGUGCAAGCAGGACUGAUGCAGGAGUCCAUGCUUGGGGUCAGGUUGCACAUUUUCUUACACCAUUUAAUUACGACAAUUUGGAUAGCGUUCACGCUGCUUUGAACGGUCUUCUUCCUUCUGAUAUACGAGUUAGAGAGAUCAGCCCUGCAUCAGCUGAAUUUCAUGCUCGGUUUUCUGUAAAAAGUAAGAUUUAUCAUUACAAGAUUUACAGUGAUACCAUCAUGGACCCGUUCCAGCGCCAUUUUGCUUAUCAUAAUAUGUAUAAACUCAAUAGUGCUGCUAUGAGAGAAGCUGCAAGAUAUUUUAUUGGGAAGCAUGAUUUCACUGCUUUUGAAAAUGCAUCUCACAAUGAUCGCAUACCGGAUCCAGUGAAGCAUAUUUUCCGAUUUGAUGUGAAAGAAAUGGGAGCUCUUUUGCAGCUAGAAGUUGAAGGCUCGGGCUUCUUGUAUAGACAAGUCCGAAACAUGGUCGCUUUGUUGCUUCAAAUUGGAAAGGAGGCAACCCCUCCUGACAUUGUUCCACAUAUUUUGGCGAGUCGCGAUCGCAAGGAGCUUGCAAAAUACUGCUAUUAUCUGCCACCGCAUGGUCUUUGUCUUGUUUCUAUUAACUAUAAUGAAAGUCACUUGUUGCCUCCACCAGGUUGCCCUGCAAAAAGUUUUGGCAUGCAUCAUACCAUAAGAAAAUGCAAGGUUGUAUUCUAAUGAUAAUACUAGGUAAUAGAACAAACAGUAUAAAAUUUAAAUAUUAAUGGACUGAUUUUUUCACAUUCAUUUGAUAUUUGUGCUUCAUGCUUCAUAAUCAUUAAAUUGCUGGAGCAGUGGAGCCUAAAAUAGGAGUUUGGCUUUUAGGGCUGUUUCAGAGAUGUUAUUUGGGUUGACGUUCUGUAUUUGAUAAUAUUUUAAUCCAAAAUUUAGUUCAAUGA